GUUGAAUGCGACUGUCACGCGAUUCGCAAAGCGAACUGGCUUGACUGCGCUUUCCAGCGGCAGGAGGCUGGAGGAGAUUAUUUCCUUUUGAUGCAUCCCACUAUUUCCUCAUUGUUUCCUUUCGUAGUGUUCCCGUCUACCAGACAUCUACCAUUCCCGAUAUCUCUCGCUCAUUGGCGCCGUUCGCAACCACUACCGGUCUGCUACGCCAUUUGCCGAGCAGUAUCUUACGGAAAGGCAGGCAUGCCAGAGGGCGAACGGCAGCCGCUCCUUCGCACACACACCAUGGCCGAGGACGACGUCUUCCCAGCUCCCACAUUCGCUCAAGCUCGGCUGGACGAACGAAAGCAGCGCAUGCCGCAGUGUAUCGGCCACCGCGGGUACAAGGCAAAGUAUCCCGAGAAUACCAUGGCCGCCUUCAAAGGGGCGGUCGCCGCCGGCACACAUGCUAUCGAAACCGACGUGCAUAUCACGAAGGACGACGUUGUGGUGCUUAGCCAUGACGGCAGCCUGAAGCGGUGUUUUGACCGAGAUGAGAAGAUCAUCGAUAAGACGUGGGAUGAGAUAAAAGACUUGCGAACCACUGCCGAGCCACACGAAACGAUGCCGCGACUGAAAGAUCUUUUGGAAUACCUUGCGCAGCCGGGACUUGAGGAGCUGUGGGUACUGCUGGACAUUAAGCUCGACGUCGACGCUGAAACUCUGAUGCGAUUGCUCGCUUCGACAAUGUCCUCUACACCAACUGCGGCGACCGGCAAACCGUGGGAUCAGCGGGUUGUGCUGGGCAUCUGGGCGGCCAAGUACCUGCCACUCUGUCAGGCACACCUACCAACCUUUCCGGUGAUGCACAUUGGCUUCUCCACCUGGUAUGCGCGACACUUCUUCGCAAUCCCAAAGGUCGGCUUCAACAUGCUUCUCCCCAUACUCAUCGCACCAGGCGGGAAGAGCUUCUUACGUGAUGCACGGCAGAAGCAGCAUCGACAAGUCAUUGCAUGGACAGUCAAUGAAGAGGACAGGAUGACGUGGUGCAUCCGACGGCAGCUCGACGGAGUAAUUACGGACGACGUGGAGAAGUACGUGAAGGUGUGCCAAGCCUACGAUGACACGAAGAGGGAGGGGUGGCUGCCGAUAAGCUUGGGUGGUCUACUGGACGUGUAUAGGUGGUGGGUGUGGAUCACUUUUGUUUUCCGGUUUUGGAAUAAGCAGUUCAUGCCUGUCGCGAGCAAAGGUAUGGUCAAGCGCGGUCAGAACCCAUAGGUAACCAAGAUACCCAAAUUCCAUCAUCGUCAACCUCGACCUGCCACAGUUAUAGUUUAGCAUCACGU